AUGACUGACAAUAUUGAAAAGAAUGAAUCUAUUCAAAGUUAUAUGAAUUAUUCAGAACAAAGACUAAUGAAUGAAGACUCUUUUUUAAAAUAGAAAUAAACAUAAGAGGAAGAUCCUUAAGCAUUUGAAUAAUCUGAAACUCAGUAAGUUAUCAUUUAUGAUUAAGGUCAUAAAAUAAAUAGAUUGAUCCAAUGUUACAACAAAAUGAUGAGGAAUAAGAAUAAGAGAUUUAACCUAUUGAAUUGAAUCCAUUAUAAAUAUUUGAAUCUAAGAAAAUGGAAAUCAUAUAAAAUUGUUAAAAAAACAAAACUCUAUAUACAGAUCCAGAUUUCCCUAUUAAUAAUAGUAGUCUAUAUAAGGAUCCUUAAAAACCUCCAGAAUUUGCAAAAGAUAUAAAAUCUGUUAAAUGGGUGAGACCACAUGAAAUUUCUAAAGAUGCUAAAUUCGUUAUUGAUUUUGAAGGAGAUUAUAAAUAAGGAGCUUUUGGAGAAUCCUGGUUUGUAGGAGCAGUAGUCAUAGUAGGAUAAAUGAAAAAAUACAAUGAGAAAUAAAAUAAAUAAACUUAAUAGUUAUCUUAACAAUAAAUAUCUUAACUUGAAAAAUUAAUUUUAGAUUAUGAUUAAUUUGAUGAUUGUGGUUUUGUAGCAUUUCAAUUCUUUAAAAAUGGAGAAUGGAAAUAAGUUAUUGUUGAUACACUUUUACCUUUUGAUUAAGAUAGUAAAUAAAUAUUAUUUACUUAAUGUGCAAAUCCAUCUGAAUUUUGGUUACCAUUAAUGGAAAAAGCAUACUGUAAAUUACAUGGAAAUUAUGAAACUAUAUGUGAUGGACAUAUUGGAGAAGGAUUGGUUGAUUUAACAGGAGGUAUAGCUGAAAUUAAUUCAUUAAGAGAUCCAUAAUUAAGUAAAAUGAUAGAAAAUGAUUAAUUAUGGUAAGUAUUAUUGUAAACACAUAAAUUAUAAUUUUUUAUGGGAUGUAUGAAUCAUAAUGAAACUAAAGGAACAAAAAAUGCUGAUACAGGUACUCAUGGAAUAUUAGAAAAUCAUCAUUAUGGUAUUGUAGAUGUAAGAGAAUUUCCAAAAGAAAAGUUAAGAUUAAUGAGAAUAAGAAAUGUUUGGGGACCAGAAGGUGGAUGGAAUGGAGCAUUUUCUGAUGAUUCUGAAGAAUGGGAUAAACAUAGAAAUUUAAGAGAAGAAUUAAAAUUAGUAUUUAAAUCAAAAAAAAGUGAUGGAACAUGGUGGAUGUCAUAUUAAGAUUGGCAUUAACAUUUUAAUAAAUUUUAUAUUUGUAAAGUAUUCCCAGAAAGUUGGUAAUAAUAUGCAAUCUAAGGAAAUUGGUUUGCAAAAACAUUAGGAGGAGUAUGUCCUUUAAAAAUGCCAUCUGAAGGCUUACCAGAUUAUGUAUAAGUAGAUACUGAUGAAAAAUGGUUUAAUAAUCCUUAAUAUAAAAUUAAAGUACAUAAAGAGACUAAAUUAUAUUUAUCAUUAAUGUUAGAAGAUGAAAAAAUAACAUAAUAACCUUAUGUAGCUUGUAAUUUAAUGGUCAUAGCUAAUAAAGCAAGAUUGAGUAGAAUUUGGGAAAGACCACCAAAUUAAGAUAUAGUUAUUGAUAUGAAUCCAAAAGGAGAUAUAUAAGCUUAAAGAGAAAUUACUUAAUAUUUAAUACUCAAAAACUUUGAAGGUAAAACCUUUGGUAAUUAUAUGGUUGUUCCUAAUAUGAUUGUAAAUGAAACUAGAAAAGAAGAGAAAAGAAAUUUUAUCUUAAGAAUAUUUAGUUCUGAUAAAAUUGAUGUAGCUGAAAUGCCAGAAACAUUAGAAAUACAAUAAGAAGGUAGUUGGAAUGAAACUUCUGCUGGUGGUAAAAGGAAAUAUGAUAAUGGUAAAGAAAAUCCUAAUUGGUGUAAAAAUCCUCAAUAUUUCUUGAAUUUAUCUGUUAGCACUCAUUUAAAGAUUAUAUUAAGAAGAUAAGGAUAAGUUAAAAGAGCUAAAGGUACUAAGAUUGGAAUGACAAUUUGUAGAUUUGAUAAGGCACCUACAAAUUCAUUAAAUAUCAUCAAAUAAUAAAAAGGAGGAGGAACAAGUAAUAUCAUUUUAUUUAUUCUUAUUAGAUUUAGUAAGGCUUUUAAAAUAGACUUAAUAACAAUUAGAAGCUCCUAAAAUGAUUGGAAUUCAAAGAAAACUUUUAAUAGGAUCUAAUGAAAAAUUUAAAUAAUCUACAUACUUUAAUGAAGAUGUGGCAGCCUUAUAUUUCCAUUUUAAUCCAACAGAAGGCCCUUUCAUUAUAAUUCCAUCAUUAGAUUAAGAGGAUCGUUCUGCCAAUUAUAAAUUAACUAGUAAAUAUAUUAUUUAAACUUUCUAGUUUAUUCUAAUUAGGAAGUUGAAUUAACAAAAUUAGAUGAAACCAAGAAUUAAGUUCAUAUAGGAAAAUGGGAAUAAGAUAUAUCAGAUGGAGGUUGUCAUCUGUAUGAAGAUCCUUAUGAAAAGGAUACUAGUAAAAGAACAUGGACAAUGAAUCCUAAAUAUUCUUUAUAGUUUUUUGAACCUAUUCAUAUAACUAUUACACUUUGUAUAGCAGAAAAGAAUUGGAAGUCAAAAACAAAGAAUACUGUUGGAGGUAUGAUUGGAGUCUAUUUGAUUGAAAAAUCAGAGAAUAAAAUAACAACAUAAUAGAUUGUGAGAGUUCCUAAUUUCUUACCAAUUAAUGAAAUUCAAGAAGAAUUUGAUUUGUAACCAACUAAGAAUGGUUAUUAUAUUAUGCCAACAACAUAUCAAUCUAAAAUACAUGGAUAAUUUAUUUUAGCAGUUUAAGGAGAUAAAGAAUUUACAUUACAAGCAUUAAAAUGA